AUGAAUAACGCAGCACCAAAAGAUGUUCUCUUGCGUCUUGCCCGGUGCUCAGAGCUUUCACUCUUCUUGAUUGUGUGUGGAUGCCGUAUGAUCGUGUUGCUGGCGAUGUUGUUCUGCCGUGCAGUGCUGCCAAAACUGAUUGGCACGGACCUCCUCCUAGACAGUGGUGGCCUUUUAUACGAGGAUACAAGCAGAGAGUGGAGUGUUCUCGACUACCCCCGUAACUGGGAUGCCGUUCACUACUUUCACGUGGCGAAGAAUGGCUACUCGCACGAGAAUAAUUGUGUGUUCUUCCCACUCGUUCCAUUCAUGGUACAGGCCAUGUCGUGGCUAAACACGAACGUUUUGCCGGCCUCCCUUGCGGCUGUUCCCGUCUCCUUUCAACUGAGCUUGCUUAAUGUCCUGCUGGGCGGUGCGGCCGGUAUUUUUCUGCGCCGUACCACUGUUCUGACGCUACUUGGGCCCGCACCGAUGAAGAAGGAUACGGUGGCGUUGGGUGGCACAUGGCUGGAUGAGUUGCCGCCGCCACCGCCACCGCGUUGGGUCGCGAAGGAGAAGGCACGUGACAUCGACAACACGCAAACACUCUGGCGGGAGGUGGGCGGGGCAAUGUUGAUGUGGAUUAUGAACCCUACAGUUGUUUUCACCGUGGUUGUGUACACAGAGGGUGUCUUUUCGUUCCUGACAUUCUUAGGUGUGUAUCUCCUUGUUCUGCCGACAAGUGCGAAGGGUGGAAAUUCGGCAGUGGGUGCACUUACCGAAGCUGGAGCCGUGGCUUGCUUCACGUUGGCAGGGUUUGCACGCUCAAAUGCCUUCCUCUACAUUGGGUAUCUGCUAUAUCCUAUUGUGCUGCAGUUGUUCUUCUUCAGCACCUACAGGAGACGUUACGCCCGUUUCUACGGUACCGCAGAAUUGCCUGGGCGAUGGCCGAGUGCUGCGCGAUGUACAGUGACCGUAUUAGAAGUAUUGAUUAUUAUGUCGCCGUACGUGUUCAUGAACUUCUUUUGUUUCAGUCGUUUUGUCCCAUUGUGGGAUGCCGCAUCAAGGAAGGCGAUCGGCAAUCACUUCUGGCAUUUCUACGGGUGGAUGCAGAAACGUUACUGGAACGUAGGAUUUCUCUCGUCGUACACGCUAAAGAACGCCCCGAACGUGGUCAUAGCAUCCCCCAUUCUGUUUUUUACGAUGCGAAGUAUUCUGUUGUUCUAUCUUCACCCAACUCGGGCAAAGAUGACAACGGCGUCAUCUCCAGUGGGUGCUGCUGAUGUGAAGGGCAGUAAUAGCAAAAAAGGGAAUAAUACACACACACAGUUGCGUUCAUUGCAUAAAUCCUUAGAGGGUAUUGUGCAGUCUUCAAACACGGUUUGUCUUUUGCUUCUGAUCUUAAUCGGGGUGAGCGUGGUGCAUGUGAAUGUAGUAAACCGCUUCAUCAUGUCCUCCCCCGCGCUCUAUUGGUAUUGGAGCAGACAGAUCGUUAAUGAUCCAUGGGGAGGUUACACGGUCGUUAUGCUGCGCAUAUUUGUGAUCUGGAUGGGAAUUGGAGUUUUGUUCUUCCCAAACGGAAUGCCGUGGACAUAA